ACGCUGGGCUGAGAUGAUGUUGGUUGUUGUUUCAUUUGAUUAACGUGUUCAUUUUGUGGUUUCAAGAGGUAGUUUACGUGACGCACAAUUAAAACGGGUCGCUGAACGUUAUCUCAGUAAACUCAAUAUGUGAAACCAUGGAGUAAAGGCUAAAUGUCGCUGAAUAGGUCUGAAAUAAAAAGACAGUUGUUCUCCACAUUAGUCGCAAUUUAAUAACAGUCCCCUAGUACGCAGGAGGCUUGCAGCUAUGGCAGGGAAGGGUCGUGGAGUAGCUGCCUUUACGUUCAACAUUGAGGCGCUGGGCAUCGGCAGGGGCUGCAUGCCAGAAGCCAGGGUGGGGCCCAGCCCGCUGUUUCCUAGCACAGACUUCAAGCCGGUUCCGCUGAAAGCUGGCGAGGAUGAGGACUACAUGCUGGCCUUGAAACAGGAGAUGAGGGGAACGAUGCAACGGUUGCCACAUAACAUCAAGUUUCGGGCCAAUAAAGCAGAAGUGGAGAAAUACACAGAGCGAUACCUGAAGCAAAGCCAGAUGGAGGAUGACGAAUGGACUCCAGACUGGAACCUCUUCCCAAAAGAACUGAUGCCCAAAAAGAGAAAAACCCUUGCUAAAGCAGGCACAAAAAAGAAAACUGUGAAGAUAACGCGCAAAGCUGCAGAAGAAAUGCUGAAUAAACUGGAUGAAUUGGCGAAGAAAGAUGACAAGAACCCUGAAAAAUCAGAUGAAGAAACUGAAAAGAAAACACAGAAUGAGGAUGAAGAGGAAGAAAUUGAAGAGGAAGAAUAUGAGGAAGAGGACAUUGAAGAGGAAAACGACUACAUUGAAAGCUAUUUCGACAAUGGUGAAGAUUUUGCUGCCGACAGUGAAGACAACAUGGAUGGAGAAGCAACAUACUGAGAUUGUGACUCGACCAUGCAAACUCAAGUAAACAAUCACCGGGUGACUUUCACUUGGUUCAGUACUGUGGAUAA